AGCAGCGCUACGGCUAGGCUGCAACAGCCGUCUUUACAUAAAUAUUCACAACUCAACAGUAAAAUACAAAACAACACAGUGACAACUGUAAAAAACUAGGACUACAGAUCUAUGGUAUAAAAUAUAAAUAUAUAAACUACAGAAACAGAGUGUGCGUGGCCGGGUCAGCACUGAGACAAACUGUCAUAUUAUUGUUGGUCAUCAAUACGUCGUCACUCAUAUACUGCUAUUUACUGUACGCUCCAUACUGCUGUGUACUGUAGUAAAUACUACCAUAUUCUGUGUACUUCUGUGUGCUGUAAGCCGGGGAAAAGGCAGCAGAACCAGACCGGAUCAGCUGUUGAAAAAUGGAAAUCUUUGGCUGUUUGGUCUGUAACAGCAGCGUCUCAGGCUGAAUGGGAAUGCAGUCACCAUGAUGAUCAACAAUGAUCUAAUACAACCAAUAACGAUCGAUGACGCUGCCGUUCCUGCAUUUUAAAGCUGCUUGGUUGUUGAUUUUCCGCCCGCUCUCCCUCUGCUCUCCAAGCGCCUCCGUGCGACGUCUGCUGUCACGUGACCCCAAGGGCUGAGGGGAGGUGGAAACAGUAAUGAAACGCAGCCCAAUCGUGAAGCCCGUUAGGGGGCGGAGCAUGUCCUCACAGAACUGGAGGUACAUCCAGGUAACUACGGGAAGUGUCCCGUAAACCCACUAAACCACUGUAGAGCUGAGGGAACAUCACACACACGUAGUCAUGUGACGCACUGUUUAUAUGAGAAUAUUGAUUAGCGGAGCUUUCACUAACCCACACAGGUGUGUUUCUUCUCAGGUGAACUUCUAGCCUCUUGCAGGAUGGACUUGGACCCCCACCUGUCCUCUUACCUGUAUCUAGUCAAUCAUUAAUGUCUCCCGUCAGACAGGACGUGUUCAGGUCAACACGGAAACGACAGACAAAAGUCUGGAGACAAACGCCGCGGCUGUCUUCCAGGGACGUUACAGGUGGACACACGGUAGAGGAACGUUAUAUAGAGAAUGGGAAGAGGGGCCAACUGUAGCUGGAUCGGGCCUGAGAUCCCUCUGUCGUCACAGAUCUUCAGUGCCAUUAAAGAUGAGCUGUGGCUCUUCCUCAUCCCGGCCGGCCUGGCGCUCAUUUUGCUGGGGGUGUUCCUGGAGGAGGCGGGCUUCUUCCUGCGCCGCGUUCCCUCGUCCAGACGACAGCGGCUCUACCUGUGGAUAUUAGGGAUGUACCCGGUUUUUACCUUCACCUCCCUCAUAGCGCUGUAUGUGCCGCGCUCUUCCUCGCUGUGUAAUUUCAUCGCUUCACUGUAUCACUCCAUCACCUUGCUGAAGUUCAUGGGACUGAUCACAGACUUCUUUGGAGGGAAAGCUCGCAUGUUGGCGGCCUUGUCUGGCCAGCAGGUAUCUCCAGAUCCUUUCCCCUGCUGCUGCUGCUGCUGUCUGCCACUGGUGGCCAUCAACAGCAGCAGCCGGGGCUGGAUGAUGGCCGCUGUGCUGCAGCUCUCUGUUGUCCGCAGCAUCCUGUUCUUCGUCACGCUGGUCCUGUGGACGGAUGAGCAGUACAACUACGGUGACGUGGAUUCGGUGAACCCCAACCUGUACGUGAACGGCAUCAUAUGCGUGUCGACCUUCGUGUCCUUCUACGGCCACCUGCUGUUUUACAAAGCCACCAAGAGUGCUUUACGUGGCUACGGGCUGAGAGCCAAGUUCAUCUGCGUCAUCGUGGUGUUGGUGCUGUGUGGCCUGCAGAGUGGCAUCUUAGAGACCGUGGGUGCCCUGGAGGUCAUCCCCUGCACUCCACCCUUCUCCGUCCUGACCAGGUCCCAGCGUAAGUCACAUCUGGCCUCUUCCAGUCUCAGCCUCAAAUCAGUGAUCUACCACUACUGCGUGAUCGUGGAGAUGUUCUGCAUCGGCCUGUACGCCCGCCACACGUUCCGUAAGGUGGAGCCGAGCGUGGUGGAGGAGGUGGCGGGGCCCGUCGGGGUCCGGCAGGUGGAGAAGGCCGUUCAAACGGACGAAGUUCGGGCGACGCAUCGCGAGGACGGUUGGCCCGGCCUCCUCGUCAGCGCCUCCAAUCCCAGUUACCACAGUGACAGCGAGGACAGCCUGUGCAGGAUAGAGCACGCUCCUCUGGACGGUUUCACCUUCCCCCAGGCCAGAGGUCAGCAGCCAGGCAGACCAGAACCAGCGGAGCCCAGGUCUGCAGUGGAGCCUGGCGUAGAUCUGAGCCACUUUACUGUCAGGGCUGAUAUUAACUAUCAGGACUCUAAGGAUGUCACUGUGGUUUGACCAACUAUGGAAGACCGUAAAUAAAAGAGUAAAUAAGUGUAAGCUUAGCCACUGAAGAUGCCGGUAGUGGUUUGGGUCUCUGUGGGGCCCUGAGGACUUGCCUGGAGGACUGCACCCCCUGUGCUGUGAUAACACACACGUACCUAACACAUAGGAAACUGUUCGUUCUGCUCCUGGUGCAGAUUCACCAAACCUCUUCAGCACACAUGAGUGAGCUCUGAACUUUCCAAGCUGGACUCGGCUGCUACAUAAUGAGGGAAUACAUAAUAUUCAGCACGUGGUCUCGUCCAUGGAGAAGUUGCUGCUUCCAGCUCUGUAAAAUCACUACGUGUGGAAUAGUUUUUGUUUUGCAGUUGUUUAUACCACAAGGCGUGAUGAGUGCAAGAGAACAUGUAUAUCAUACUAAGCCUGUUCCCCAGUGUUCAGGUUCUUUGUGUUGCUGCAGGGACCUGCAACGUUUGCACACUGGCUCCACAUUUAAAGUACAACUGAAACUAAACUGCACCUUUGCUUUUUGUGCUGCAGCACACACAUCUGCCGGGUGAAUCACAUGUGGCACACAUCUGCCGGGUGAAUCACACGUCGCACAUCUGCCGGGUGAAUCACAUGUGGCACACAUCUGCCGGGUGAAUCACACGUCGCACAUCUGCCGGGUGAAUCACACGUCGCACAUCUGCCGGGUGAAUCACACGUCGCACAUCUGCCGGGUGAAUCACACGUCGCACAUCUGCCGGGUGAAUCACACGUCGCACAUCUGCCGGGUGAAUCACACGUCGCA